AAGCGUCAUGUUAUCUACGCAGGAAGCUCGGUUCUCGAAGUAAUUCCGGGUCAGGCAGCGCCCGGCGCGGCCGUGGCUCUGGUGGUUGCCACAGGAUCCAGCACGCGCAAGGGUGGGCUUCUUCAGGUUAUGUUUGAGGCCCGACCAUCGGUUUCCAGCUUCGAGAAGGCCAAGACGUGGACCAUCCUGUUACAGUUGUUUUCGGCUAUUUUCAUCGGAGUCUUUUUCUUCCUUCUGAAUCUUGGUACUGCGUAUGCUCGAAAUUUCGACACGCUGCAGUUCAUCCUGAUGCAGGCGGCCUUUCUGCGUUUGUCUUCGCCGGUUGGUGCUACUGGUAUGCUCCAGGCUGCUCGUAUGGCUGCCGCUCGCCUUCGUGCGGGCCGCUUUCGCGUGCGUACCAUGGCCCAAAGCAAGUUGGUCGAUGCGUCGCAGCUUCGCGUCAUGCUUUUCGAUAAAACCGGCACUCUCACGGAAGAGGAGCAAGUCUUCCAUGGCGUGUUGCCAGUCGUAUCGCAUGAAGGAGCUAUGGAACUGGAACAAACUGUGCUCCCAAGCGUUGCGGACUCUCCAGCGUUGCUCCAACUGGCCGUUGCCACGUGCAAUACUGCCGCGAAAAUCAACGGAGGAACUGAACUUGCCGGCAACUCGAUCGAGUGUGAGCUGCUGCGAGUCGCCCGCGAACAGUUGGGAACAGACUUCCGCGAACAGGGCCAGGCAAUGCUGGAGCACCGUUAUGUGGAAACAAAUGAGCGAUUUGCCACCGUCCUCAAGCGCUUCGAGUUCGAUCAGAAACUCCAAUUGCAGUCGGUGCUGGUACAAGGAGCGCACGAGAAGAUUUACGUGCUCACGAAGGGAUCCCCGGUUCGGGUGAUGCGACGGUGUGACCCAAAGAAAUUGCCCGAAGACUUUGAGGCUCGCGCACAGGCGCUGUCUAAGGCCGGUUUUUACGUGCUCGCGGUCGCUGCGCGAGAACUCUCGUCAUCUGACCCAAGUCUCGCUUCUGAUAACGUUGAUCGCGAUGCUUUGGAGAGAGACUUGGGACUGGUGGGGUUGUUAACCUUUCGCAACGAACUGAAGCGUGAUACACGCGGCGUGGUCACUCAAUUCCGCGACGCGAGUAUUCUUCCUCAAAUGGUGACGGGAGACAACAUCUACGCUGGUGGCGCUAUCGCCGCUAAGAGUGGCAUCUUGGGCGAACACCUGGACAGCGUCUGCCUGGUAGCACUCGAUGUCGUAACUAGGGAUCAUUGUCAACCGCUUCAUCAAAAUACUAGUAUGAUUGCUAAGCAGCAACAAAAGCAGGAGCAGGGCAGUCUCAAAUGCCAAAAUCUUUCCGAUGCACACACGCCGUGGAGCAAGAUGGACGCAGAGAGCGUUUUGGAACAAUAUGUAGCUGCUGUGGAGGAGGAUUUGGCGGAUCCUCUGAGCGCUGACUCAACAAAGAAGAUUGACCGACGUGGAAAGAGCGGGAAGAAGGCUCGACAGCUUGAAACUGCUGCUGCGAUGCCUGCCUCACCGAAAAAAGACGCGGGUGAUAAGGACAGUCGCUCUGGAGCAAUGAUUACUCUGGUGGACGCUCAGACGGCGCACGGUGAAGCUCCGUACUGUCCCGGUGUGUGCGCUAGAACUCACGAGAACGUUCGCGUUCGCUUUCUGCUUACGCAGGACGCCUUCCGCUUCUUGCGCCGCACAAACGUGAGCGCACUGCGCAAGAUCUUGCCUCGCACCGCGGUCUUGGGUAGCAUGACGCCGGACGGCAAGAGCGAAGCCGUUCUGUUCUGGCAACGGGCUUUUGGGGGGUACACUGUUGGCAUGUGCGGUGACGGUGGUAAUGAUUCAGCGGCUUUGCGGAUUUCGGAUAUGGGCGUGGCGCUAAGCAACCGAGCCGAAGACGGUGACUCAACAGCAGAUGUGCCCCGCAACCACGAAAUCACAUACCUGGCUCCGUUCGCAGCAGACACCAGCUCUCUGCGCGCGUGCAUUCACGUGCUCAAGGAGGCCCGCGUUGUGGCCGAAAAUGGUCUGGCGAUCUUUCAAUUCGUGCUCCUCUUUGGCUUCAGUUUCAACUUCCUGCGCCAGUAUUUGCAGAACCAGUCGUCGUGGUUUUCCGAGUCUUUUGGCUUCAUCAUGGAUCUUGUCUCGACCAUGGUGGCCGUUGCGGUGCUAGCGGAUGGCCGGCCACGGGAGGACGCAAAA